GAGUUUCAUUUGAUCGAUACAGGUGAACGCGGCAAUAUCGCAUAUCACAUAUGUCUCAGCCAUGCAAGUAUUAUUAUGCCAACGAGAACAACAUCAUAAAAGGCCAAGAAAAAGAGCCUCCGCCUAAGUAGUGCAACACAUCACGGAAUCAACAAUGAGCCACGGUUGUCAUGGAGAGCUUGAAAAGCUCCUCGCGCCUUUUAACUAGCCGGUUCGCGUGCACGCAGUCGUGUUUACUGUGAACCUUAGUCGAACAUGCCGAACGCGCCAGGCCCAUGAGGCAACAAAAUUUUACUCGUCGUUUGCAGUAAAAACAAGCAUAAAUCAUGGCGAAUGCCGUCGAGCAGGUGCUCGAAGAUCUCGGUUGGAACGAGGGUUUCCGAUUGCCAAUUGCAAAUACCGAAAAUAAACGUUUGGAAGAAGAGGUCGAGCGAAAAACUCGAGAGAGAGCAUCGCUUCGGGCUGCGCUUGAAAACACCCAGGAACGCAUACGGGAAAUCCGCAAACAUGCCAGCGAUAUCAAGGCCGAGGAGAAUCAGCGUCGUCGCCUCCUCGGCGCUCAUUCGGGCGAAGUCGAAGCCGAGCAACGUCUUUACAAACUCGCUCAGGCCGAGGAGUCGAAAAUCCAGCAGGAUGCGCGCAACUGCGAGAAAAAGACGAAAGAGACCGACGAGAAAUUGCAGACCCUGCAGAGCAACGUGGCCAAAUUGACGAAAAAAUUGGAAAGCAUAAAAAAAAAUAUACUAGUCGAUCGAGAUAAGCUGUUAGCUUGGGAGGAGAGGUUGAAUAGAAAAGACGAGAGAAACCAAUUGAUCGAGCAAUUUGUCAAGAGCGACGAAAAAACGUUCAAGAAAGUAGAAUUAGAGAGGCAGACGUUGAGCGAGAAAGCGGAGACUUAUCGGCAAGCCGUUGUAAAAAGCGUCGGGGACAUUCAAGAGCUGGAGCUGAAUUUGGAAAAAAGUGCACGCCUCUACAACCAAGCGGUGAAGGAUCGUCGCCAGCUGAUGAAGCAGUGGUCCCAGAGCAUACAAGUGUUGACCCAGCGAGACAAGUCGAUCUUCGAUGCUCUGCGCGACAUCAACGAGCUGCGCGAAAUCGCCAAAGAGCGCAUGGACUCUUACCAAGAGCAGGAGAGAUUUCUGCAGAUCCAAGAGCAGGAGAACAAAGAGACCGAGGACAACAUUCGUCAUUUGGAGAAAGAGCUGAUGAUCCGCAAAGGGGAGCAGCAGAAGCUCGCCACGGCUCUCGACUCCUUUCUUCUGGAGUAUCAAGUUCGCAAGAAGGAGCUGCAGGAUAUGGCGCGCCAAGUCGAGGACACCAGAGCCAGCAGCAAGCGAAAGAAGAACGACUUGGAAAACAAAGAGUUGAAGAUGACCGAUUGCAAGACGAGAAUCAAGGAGCUGAAGGAGACCUUGAAGAACAUCGAUCAUCAGAAGAUGAACACCGAGGAGAGAACUUGUCAGUUGCAAGAGCUCUUGGAGAGAGAAGAAAAGCGCAAGGCGUCCAUGCUGAAAGAAACGAAUCGCCAACAAAGUUUGCUGCUGAAAUCGGUGCAACGCCAAUCGGAACUCGAGGGCGAGGUGAAGGUGGCGCGCAUGCGACAGCAGGCCGAGUUCAAGCGUCACGAUCAGCUGAAGCAGGAGCAAGUCCAGCUGGAAAAGUUUCUGAAAGAUCGCCGCGAGUGGGUGUAUCGCACGGAUCUCGAAGUUCAGAGGUGCGAGAUGCGCCUGGCCUUGGUCAUGGGACAGGUCCGCGACAAGGAGGAACUCGAGGCCAAGCAGCAGAGGAUCGAGCAGUUGAAGAGGAUCGCCAAGGAGAAGGCCGAGGUGGCCAAGGUUUUGAGCAAUCAGUUGUCGCAAGUCGAGAACGACGUGAGACUCAUCGCCAAGGCGAUCGAGAGCAACGCCGAGGAGGUGAAACGAUUGAACAAUCGCAAGCAGGAUUUGGCUCUGCUGAUCGACGGCGGCGAGAAACAGCUGAAACUGGCUCAAGCCGCGUACGAGGAGCGCCGAGUCGAGGAGAGCCUCCUCGAGCUGAAGCUGAAGGAGGCGACCAAGAUCGUGGCCAAGGUCGACGACAAGCUCUUCGACCUGGAGGAGUGCGCCGUACACAUGGAGGCGGCCAUGCAGGAGAGACGCUGCGAGAUCAACGACCAGAGGGAGCGACUCAACAUGCAGAAGAAGAUCCUGUCGGCCGAGUGCGGCGAACUGCGCAGUGUCCUGUUGGAGCGCCGCUCGAGGCUCCAGCAGUUGCGCUCGCGCUACGAGCUGCUGGUGGCGACCCUCGGCAAGAACCCCGAGGACGGCGGCCCUCUCACGACUGCCUACCUCCUCAUACAGAGCGCCCAGGAGCGCUACCUGCUGCAGGAGCGCGGCAACAAGCUCGACAUGGCCAUCAGGAAGGCCGAAGCCGAGAUCCGCAGCAUGGAGAACACUUUGAGGCUCGUUAACGUCUGCAACGACAAGUACAAGUCGAGCCUGUCUAUCGUCGACGACAAAGGCCCGGAGAAGUUGCAGCAGAAGAAGCUCGACGAGGAGCUCUUUGAGGCUCUCGACAAGCUCAGGACCAAACGACAGGCCCUCGCUAAGCUCCAGGACGAUUUGAAGAGUAUGGAAGAUAACUGCGAGCAGUUGGACAAGGACGUGAAGAGGGUCAAGGACGAGAAGGAGGACAAACGCGAGAUCGCCUCGAGUCUCGAGCAGCAGAUAACCGAGCAGAGAGACAAAAUCUCCAGGGCCGAUAAAAACCUACGCAAAGUUCUCAAGGACGUGCAAAACAAGUGCAUCUGCUCUUCCGACGAGACGAUAAUACUGCAAGAGAGGGAUAUAGCCGUGCGCGAGCUGAGCGAGCAAAACAAUCUGGCGCUUCAGCGCAUAGCCGAGUUCGCCAUACGCCACAUCGAGGCGGAGGCCUACGUGAAGAAGCUGCUGUCCGAGCGGAACAUCGAGCUGCCGUCGGCCUGUCUCUACGCCAAGAGCCCGGCCACGACGACGCCCCGGAGCAGCUGCGCCUCGUCGAGCCGCUUGUCCACGAGCCGCUCGAGCCACGCCAAUCUGACGGCCAGGAGCAAACUUAGUCUCGCCACCGGCUCGAGGGAGGCCACCGUCUCGAGGAUGCGCUUCGAGCCUGACUUUUCAGAUACUGCGAGGACGUCGAAGUCGACCGCUAAUUCAAUCCAAAAAGGCUCGUCUCAAGCCAAGUGACGUUGCUACGUUUUCCUCGCACUCCAUACCUCGUGUCACUUUGUAUGAAUGUAGACGCGAGAACGCUGCGCCACACGGGGAAAAUCAUCUUUUAUUUUUUCCUAGCUCAGAAUGUACAUUUUGGUUUUAUUCGUUUUUCAGUAACGACUGUGCAAUACAUGUGAUUUUAACGUUAUUUAUAUAUUUUACGUUUACGUUUAAUGGCAGAUAUUUUUUAAAUGCGAUAAAAUGUCAUUUAAAAAAUAUGAGUAUUUUACGCCGAAUAAAAAAUCAUUUUUUGUCAUAAGCCUUCACCUCUU